AUGCUUAACUGCGACCAGCCAGCUCGUCAGAAUUUGACACUCAGCUCUGGGUGGUCUUGCUUCUUCCGGAGACAUUGGUCUCGGUCGGGGUCGUCCAUAAAUUGGCCGCAAUUGAGCUCUGCACCUUUGAUUUUCACCAUGAACUUCUCUCGAAAUAAUUUGGCUAAACGGCGAGUGACCAAUGAAAACGUUCCACGUUAUUUUCUACAUCACCAUAGCCCAGAUCAUUACCAAAAUCGCCCAAUGAGCGCCCUUCGACAACACAUGUCUUUCAGCUCGGUGCAGCAUUUAAUGAAGUCACGCACAAAUCAACGGAAUAACUCAUUUGACACUACCCCUAAACAGAUGGACGACCAUCUUCUACGACGAGGAAGCCGAUCAACCACAGUGCUCAAUCAACCUAACGAGACAGGAGAAAAUUUAAUGAACACUACCUCCACUGUCGUCCAACACACGCGAGGUCAUGAUCUGGUGCAAGCAACUUGUUCUCGUCUUCGCCUACCCUGUGAAACUUGCCAGCACACUGUGCACGGGCAUCACUAUCUCUACUGUCAGCACUGUCCCCUGGUCGUACACAGGAAGGAAUUGUGCGUAACAUCAAUUCCUCGUGGUUGUCCAUCAGAUGACCUCGGAAUCAAAGGCUGGGGUGAAGGUCGCCAGACUCUUAAAUGGAUGGAUGCGGCUGAAGUGAAACUGGAAGACGUAUACCUAUCUGCAAAUCUGGCCUUGCAGUCAAACAAAUGCUAUGAAUGUCGACGGAUCCUGAGCAAGUCUGCCGGACACGAGCUGGAACCGGAGAGUGACGUCAAAGGAGUCGAUGGCACCAAAGAGGCUCACUCCAACCAUCAGCUGCCCAAGUCUAUCGGGAAGGCAGUAGUGCACAAAAUAACGAAAGUGCACUCACAUAAACAGACGGGAAUGAAAAAGAACGACUCGAGUCACUCCUUGAACGCGCCGACGGAAAUACGCGUCUGUCACGUGACUGGGCGGUACUAUUGCGAUAACUGCCACUGGGAUGACCAGUGGUACAUACCUGGAUCAAUAGUCCUUUUAAAUGAUACCAGUAAACAGCCGGUAUGCCGGUCCGCUUACCUGCGCCUCCGAGUCCUCUGGGAUUCCGCAAUCAUCAAAAUACCAAAAUACUGGCACGAGGAGAAUGAAAAGGCCAGCGAAGUCUUUGCCAUACGGUCCAAAUUCAGUCAGCUUUUGCCUUUCACCCACAUCUGCACCACUGCCUCCGCAAUCAAGGAAUACUCAGAGUUGUGCGAACCCGCACACUUGUUCGGUAAUCCACAAUAUUUGCGGAUGUGUGAUGUUAUUGAUGUCCUAAACGAUACAAUGGCCCCUCGACUUCAAGAGCACUUGGACAAGUGGAUGGCGCAUGUCAAGUCCUGUGAAAAAUGCUUGGAAGCGAAAAAUUACUUCGGAGACCGAAAUAGGCGUGGAUCUAAUAUAAUCUGGCUGGAUGAAUGAGGGUUCUGUGCGUUUCGUCAAAUGGAUGUCAAAAGAUUGCUCACAAUUCCAAACUGGACGCAUUAUCCCGACGUUGACCGAUUCUUUGAGAGAGUGGCUCUGUCGUUCUUUGUGUAAACUUUCCCCACCAAGCUAUUUUAUCUUUAUUUUGCCCCCCGUGUAAACCAUUUAUUGUGCUCUAUAUUUUUAUAUUCCCUGCAUAUCUGAACUGCUCCUGGCGGUCAGCACCGAAGAUACAUAAAAUUACAUUUUUAGAAAAUUCU